AAUGUUGUUGACUGACAAAGUGAGGUUAUCCGUAUGACAUUUAAAUGUCCUAACCCAACAAAUAUGACAUAAAAUAAAAUGUUUCGAUCAUUACAAAAUUUAUGUAGCGCAUCUAACAAAAUUAUAUUGUUCCAUCAUCGAAAUUUAUCAACGACAGAAAUAUCCACAGCAUUAAGGCCUUUCUACUUCUCAGUGCACCCAGAUUUAUUUGGGCAACAUCCUGAUCAAAGGACAACAAAUGAAAAUUCUUUAAAAACAUUAAGUUCUGUACUACAGAAUUUAAAACUUGGUAGGCCCCUAAAACCUGUCACUUUGCUAUUUUAUGUAAAAGACAAAAAGGAAAAAGAUGCAACUAGGAAUCAAAAAAUUACGUUUCACUCAGUUAAAAUAAACAUUAAUCAUAGAGAUGUAAGAUCUGCUAUUGUUGAAAUAUUGAAGGCAUGCAAUUUAGAAACAGAAUAUAUUGAUAAAUUGUCGCCACCACCGCCACCACCAAGUCAAAAUGUUAAAUUUAAAAAUAACGACUUUGAUUUUACAAAUAUUAAUGAGCAUCACCCAAUGUAUGCUCAUGCUGCUGUUCGAAACAAAAUUAAAGAAGCUAAAGAAUUAUUAAAAUUACGUAACUGGUUGCAUAAAAAUCAUAAAGAUGCCUUGGAAAAAUCUGAGAAGCACAGACCAUUUAAAGAAGAAAUCAAUAAAUUGUGUAAAAACAUUGUGGAGGACUUGGGUUUAAAGGAAAUUAAGUGGGACUGUGGCUGGAAUGAUACACAUUUCAGAGGUUGCCUUCUUAGUUUUAGAUCACUAAUGGAACAGCAUCCAAAGGCAAUGGAAACUUUAAGAGGUAGAGUUCUAGUUUUUUCUUAUUUUACUGGUGUAAGUUUAGAUGGGCAUGUAAUGCUAUUUAGUGGGGAAGUUAGAUCAAACUGGUUAGAACUCAUUCAAAACAUCAAUAACUAUGAUCAACAUUUGCUUAGGAUUCCAUUUUUUGAGAAGUCUUUAUCACAUGUAUUAAGAAAUAUAAAAGUUGUUAGAAGGAAAUUUAUGCCAAAAAUAGUCGCUGGUAAUUAUGAAAAACACCUAUCAGAAUUAACCACAGCUCUAAGUGAUUACAGAGGAUUAAGGUCAUUUCCAAUAUCUUGGCCUCCAUCUUUAGCUGACUUUGAAAUAGUGGUGGAAAAUGAAGCAGGGCCAUUGAUGGUUUCACCGACCGGUCAAUUUAUUGUACCGUGCACAUUGCCAGGAACGUUAUUGGUGAAUUUUAUAACGAGUAAUUUGGUCGAAGCCCGGAAGCGCAUAGAAAAAUAUAACAGUGACAAACACAAGGAGAAAACAUUGGUGAACAGAUGCGUUGUUGAACUAAAAUUAUCCGCACUAUUGAAGGACGACAAUGUCACUCCAGAGAAAAUGAUCAAGUGUUGUGAGAAGUUAUUAGAUAACAAAGAAUCAUUGUAUCAUUUAAAAGACAUUCAUCUCAAUAUUGCUUCCUAUUAUUCAGUUUUGUCUGAUGGUAUAGUUUGUAUUCCUUGGAAUUUUGAAUUAUAAUGUUUUUAUCAAGUUCUAGUCAAUUUGUCUUUAUAAAUAUAUAUUUUAUGAACUAA